AUGUCCACCGCCAUCAACCACGUCGCCCGGACCAAUCCCGGGGCGACACGUCACCUCCGCCGUCGCCCUCCUCCUAUCAGGAACCGCCACCUGUCCUCUCGCGCCUUCCCCGCCGCCGAGCCCAUCGCGGGCCCGCGGAGCCCAUCCACCGCCGCCUGGCCCGCGCAGCCCGCGCCGUCGCGCCUCGCGCCCUCCGCCGUCGCGCUACCACCGCCGCUCGCCGCGCCGCCUCCGCCGCUCACCCGCCACCGCGCCGCCCCGCAUCUUCAGCGCCACCGCCCGAAGCUGCCAGCUCCGGCGAGCACCACCUCCUCCUCCGGCAACCUCGCGUCGCGUCGUCCGCUGCCUGAUCGGGCCUCCCCUGCGCCGGAUCCGCGCACCUACGCCCGUCCCCGGCAUCCUCGGCACGCCGGAGCCGUGCUCGCGUCGUUGCCGGCCGGUUACCUCCUCCGGCGCCGAUCUGCACCGCUUCUUGAACAUGUCUACUUCUUGUUGGUUACCUUUUAUGCCAUGUAA